AUGUUGGCCGUGGAGGGCGUUCAAAAACAGCCUCCCCUUCCAGGGUCGGUCAAGUGUACAGUGGCCUUGAAGCGAUUCGGCCGGUGGGCCAUCACUCCGACAGGCUUUCUGAUCACAGUCUACAUGCUGAACGUCGUUGCGUGGGGCGGGAUGCUUUUCCUUCUCAUGUGCAACGCCGCACCCGCCAUGUGCCACCCCUCAUGCGACGACAUUAACUCGCCUCGUCGGAUAUGGAUCGAAAUCGACUCGCAAAUCCUCAACGCCCUCUUCUGCGUGACUGGGUUUGGCCUCGCUCCCUUCCGUCUCCGCGACUUGUACUGGUGGUGUUUCUGGCGUUUUGGCCGCACCAGCGCCCGUCGCAACGACGCCAUUGCUCGGUUGGCUGCCGUGCACGCGAACUGGUUCCGACUGCCGCUGGCUGAUCUAGAGGGAGGCGAGGAAGCAUUGACUCCGAUCCCGCCGAGCAAGGCGCCCAAGCCACCGUUGACGGGGGUGCGUGCGCCUGCGACCGCGCCGUGGAAGAUGACGUUUGUCGUGCACAACAUGAUCUGGAACACAAUCCUGCAGGGUUGCCUGGCCGGCUGCAUGUGGGGCAUGAACCGCCAUACGCGCCCGCCGUGGACAACCGGUAUCUUCAUCGGGCUGGCGUGUGUUGUGGCGAUGGCCGCUGGAGGUAUGAUCAUGAGGGAGGGGAAUCUGGUCGACAAAAUCGAGGGGGCUCCAAUGUCGGCAGAGGAGAUCGUGGCCAGAAAGAAAUUGGGGUUAAUGGCCGAGGGGACGUGA